AUGCCACCAGUUCCCCAAGUGACAGGAUGUCGUACACAUGGCCAGAUUGCACUCACUUAUAGUGAAGGCCCAAGCGAUGCAACUGCAAAAAUUGUCCGUCAACUCAACAAUGCUCAAGUACGUGCCAACUUUUUCAUAAAUACUACUUGGCUGUAUACGCAACAAUACGCUAUGGUUGUUCAGAACAUGUACAAUGCCGGACAUCUAAUCGGCAUGACAUACCGCGCUCCACAGCAUGAAGACGGCUCAUCAUACACAGAUGGCGAAAUUCGACAAGAUGUUAUCAACAGCGCAAAAAUGGUCGAGACGCUUAUCCACGUUGCACCCAAAUACGUACGAUUACAUUAUUCUGAUCCAGAAGACACACGCACGGAAAACAUUAUCAAAGAUUUGGGAUUUGUCCUGGUGGAUCAUAAUCUUGACAGCAUGGAUUAUCUGCAUAAAACUGGCCCAAAAAUCCAAAGUGUUUAUCGCAAUGCAUUUAUACGUCAAAAGGAUACAUAUGAUGCCAAAGGAUCGUUCAUCUCGGUGCAAUACGACAUUCCGGGUAGCGGAUCCUUGGCAGCUGUACCAUUCAUCAUUCAAACGAUUGAUGAAGAGGGGUAUACAGCCGUACGCAUGGAUGGAUGCUUGAAUGAUCCCGAGCCUUAUAAGUCCUCUGCUGAUUCACUCGAGUAUGUUAGUGACAAGUUUUCUUUCAAUACCACUGGAUACAAACAAGGACAAAAACCAGUUGCUAUUGUCAGCAAUGCAACCGAGGUGGAUGAGCAGGGACUAUCAGCCGAAGAUGAACAGGAUGGUUUUCUCGAAAGCAAGGCAAAUGCGACAUUGUCGUACCUAGUGUUGACUGCAUCUCUUGCAUUUUUGGGAGCUAUCACGCAACUUCUCUGA